AUGGAUCUUGACUGGUCAGGAAGAGCUCACACAAUAUUAGAACAAACUUUAAAUGAAAUAAAGACCAGACUUGCCUCAGCAAGCUGGAACCAUAUAGAAGAAACCAAUACUAUAGCAGUCUACAACACAAACAUAGGAAAUAGCUUCUUAGCCAAGGCAACAGGAACUAUCAACACGUCUCCAGACAACCUUGUGAGGUUUUUCUCAGACUCAAAUAAUAUCAGACAGUGGGUGGAUAAUCUAAAAAAUGCAAUUCAACUACAGCAGUCAGGAGAUGUGAAACUAAUCAAAUAUCAAAUCCAAAAUAAAUGGCCUGUUGAUGACCGUGAAUUUCUUUAUGUCACCAAAUCAUUUACCGAAGGAAACUUGACAUACUUAAUCGAAAGAAGCGUUGAUCUGCCAAAUAUCCCGACUGAUGCCAAACAUGUGAGAGGAGAUUAUAUGGCUGGGUACAUUUUUGAACCUCAAGGAGGGAAUCUAACAAAAACAACUCUUGUAUUAAAUUAUGAUCCCAGUGGAAAUGUUCCUACAGCAAUCAAGACAAGCAUUUUGAAUAAGCAAGCAAGUCGCCUUAAAGCUGCAAAAGUUAAUUUCGGAUAA